AUGGGUUUGAAAUGGAUCGCCCUGAACUCGGGGAUUCUAAUUUUCAGUGAUUUCCCCAAAUCUUUGAAACGUUUCUCUGGCGAAAAAAUAUUUGUUGGGCGCGGUGACCGCGCUUGUGACCGCAACCGGAGCUCCGCGGCCCGGCCCGGCCCGGCCCGGCCCGGCUGGGCUGGGCCCGGACCCCCAGAGCCCGGAGCUCCGGCGUUCGCGCCACCACCACCCAGCCCCGCGCAGCGCCGAGCAGCACCCAGGCCCUCGGACCCGCCUCGGCCCCGCAGGUCCCCGGAGAAAGGGCUGGCAAAGGGGAAGCGGGGGAGGCAGAAAUACAGCCUCGGAAAGGGCCCCCGCGAGGGCCUGGUUCAGCUUCAGCCGGCGGCGACCGCACCGCCACCGGCGCGGCCCGGUCCCCCCCGCGGGAAGGUCAGUGUCGCGGGCUGCGCUCCGCCGAAGGGGGGCCACAGUGCUCCGCGCAUCCCCGACCCUGUGCUCCCCACGCCGGCGGGCACGGUCGGUCCAGACACGUCCCGAAGGCACCGUGUUUUCCCCCAUUUCCCAAAACAGCCAUUCCGAGCCCACCGGCGGCGGUCAGGCACGAGAGAGCCUCUCCGAGCCGCCUUAAGACUACAGGGGCUCUCCCCACUCGCCCCAGAGCGCCUCGAGCCGCUUCUCGCUUUAGCGGCAAGGGGCAGCACCCCGUGGCAUCGCCCGAGUGAGGGGUCGGAGCCGUCGGGGGUCCCCGCCUCGCCCGGGGCCGUCCCCGCCCGCCAUCCGCUGCAGAGCCGCCCGCCCGGGUCCGCGCGCGGCUCUUGCCCGGGACAUCCCUGUGCCCGGGCCGGAGCGCGGGAGGCUGCGGCGGUCAGCGGCCGCCCUGAGUGGCUCCUGGCCCCCGCCGAACUUGGGGGCCUGAGCAGCCGUCGGGGCGUUCAGCGGAGGUGUUUCCCACAACGGAAAGCCGCCUUCAUCCGCCCGGGGAGCGCGGAGCUGCUGCGCCGAGGAGCCCCCUCUGCCCGGUCCCCUCACCGCGCCCCGGCACGGCACAGGGCUCGGGGCCCCGGCGGGGCGCGGGGCGCCGGCGGCGGAUGCUCCCGCCCGUGCGACCCCGCCGCCUUGCCAGUCCUCGGGGAGCGGACAGCCUCCGCCCGGCGGGGCCGGAGGCUCGGGCCGCGCCGUUCCCACUGGAAAUCCCGGGGUGGCGAGGGUCACGGGGACCGGGGUGGCCACGGUCCGUCCGGGCGGGGCCGGGCAGGGCCGGGAAGAGCCUCUUGGCACCCCGGUGCUGUCCCGCGGGGCGCCAGAACGGGGCUGACACGGCGGCACCGGGCCGGCCCUGCCUUCUCCAAGCCGCUCGGCGUUCCGGGUUGCUCAGAGCAGGUGCACGGGAAAAGCGGGGUCCCUCCGAUCCGGGGCGGCAGGCGGAGGCUGGGGACGCGGGGACCGGGGCGGGCAGGGGCUGGGCGCUCCCGUGGGUGCCCCGGGUGCCGGCUCCCGGCCGCCCGGUCGGGUACUGCGCCCGCAGACGCAAAGUGGAGCGCUGCCUUCGGAGCCGGCGCCGCCGCCCCAGGGGCCGCCCGGGGGGAGCCCCGCUCCUUCCGGCGUGGCCGCCGCCAGACGUGGCCCCGCGGCGCGACGCGACGGCUCCUCGCGGGGCCCCCCCCGGGGCCGCCCCCGGCGCGGCCGCCGCACAGGGGCGGCGCCGCCCUCGCCCGCGGGGGCUGCCGGCAGACGGGCCCCCUCUUGGAGACCUCCAUGCGCAACGCGGGCCGGCGGGCGGGAGAGCCCCGCUGCCGCCGCCCGCUGCCGCUCGCCGGAGCCCCGACGGCGGCGGGUCCGCAGCGGGGGCCGCGGCUGGGAGCCGCCCCCGGCCCGGGGCCGCCCCGCCCGCCCCCUCCCGGCCGCGGCGGCGGCGCGGGGAGCGGCGGGGCGCACGUGCGCCCGCGCGGGGUCCGGCCCGCGGCGAGGCGCGCGGCGGCGCGGGGCGCGGGGGUGGCGCGGGGCCGGGGCGGCGGCGCGAGGGGAGCGGCGCGGGGGGCGCGCGGCGGCGCGGGGGGCACGGACACCCCCCCGAGCCCGCCGGGACGGGGCCCGGGCGCGGCGGCGGCGGCGCGCUCGGCCCCGCCGGGCGGUCUCCGGAGAGGCCAGCGGCGGCCGGGCGCGCCUUGCCUGCAGCCGGAGCCAUUCAUCCCCCGCCCCUUUGUUCGCCCUGAGAGUAACGCUGUGAAUUAA